UUGUUGGUGGAAAAUUUAGAAAUUCAAAAUUUGAAGGUGUGGAGUGUGGACUGUGGAGUGGUGGUAUCGCCAGGUUAAACAUAACUGGAGAAGAGGUUAAAAACAAGGUUUAGAUAAGAAACAAAGUUAAGCACUUCAUCAAAAUCAAAAUUCAAAAAUAAUUAGUAGAAAAAUAGUGGUAGAUCGAUUAUUUUUUUAUUUUCUCUCUUCCCCCUCGGUUCCACCAUUUCCAUCCACUCGCACUCUUCGCGAGUUCUCGUUCUCCCCCUCUCCUACUUCUUUCUCUCUCUAGAUUCACGGAAUCCUGUAUAUCUUUCUCCAAACACUUUUCCAGUUCCCUAAAUUUUGCCCUAGGGUGAAGUUAUAUCUUCACGAGGCGCCAAUAUUUGGUGGUGGGAGGCAGCGGCGACUGAAUCACGGUGGAUCUGAAACUAGAAGGAGGAAGAAGCAAGAUGAGCGCGGAUCUGGUGGCGGAGAACACACAUGGGAAUCUGGACGAGCAGAUUGCCCAGCUCAAUCAGUGCAAGCCUUUAUCAGAGCCCGAGGUUAGGGCCUUGUGCGAGAAGGCUAAGGAGAUACUAAUGGAGGAAAGUAAUGUUCAGCCAGUGAAAAGCCCUGUGACGAUUUGUGGUGAUAUUCACGGUCAAUUUCAUGAUCUUGCCGAACUAUUCCGCAUUGGAGGGAAGUGUCCAGACACAAACUAUCUAUUCAUGGGAGAUUAUGUUGAUCGUGGGUACUAUUCGGUGGAAACUGUAACUCUAUUAGUGGCUCUGAAAGUGCGGUAUCCUCAACGUAUCACUAUUCUCAGAGGGAACCAUGAAAGUCGACAGAUUACUCAAGUAUAUGGUUUUUAUGAUGAAUGUCUGCGCAAGUAUGGAAAUGCUAAUGUUUGGAAGAUAUUCACCGAUCUGUUUGAUUAUUUUCCCCUGACCGCAUUGGUUGAAUCCGAAAUAUUUUGUCUGCACGGUGGUUUGUCCCCGUCAGUUGAGACCCUUGACAAUAUAAGAAACUUCGAUCGUGUUCAAGAAGUUCCACAUGAAGGUCCGAUGUGUGAUCUUUUGUGGUCUGAUCCUGAUGAUCGUUGUGGUUGGGGUAUAUCUCCUCGUGGCGCUGGAUACACUUUUGGGCAGGACAUAUCAGAGCAAUUCAACCACAGCAACAAUUUAAAACUAAUUGCUAGAGCUCAUCAACUGGUUAUGGAAGGAUAUAACUGGGCCCAUGAACAAAAGGUUGUCACUAUUUUUAGUGCACCAAAUUAUUGUUAUCGCUGUGGAAAUAUGGCAUCCAUUUUGGAAGUUGAUGAUUGCAGGGAGCAUACAUUUAUCCAGGUUUUGCCUCAAUUCUCAUGCAGUCUGUCCCAAUUUGCCUUCUCUUUCUUUAUCGUCACCUAUAAUCUCCAGAUUGGUGCUAUAGCAGUUAAUUGAUGAGUGCCUUGUGAGUUUAUCUCUGUAGUUUGAGCCAGCUCCAAGGAGGGGAGAACCUGAUGUAACUCGGAGGACACCCGACUAUUUCUUGUAGCUCUGAUGCUUGCAAACUCUAUGGUCUAUAUGAUGUGUCAAUUUGGGGUGCUUGCAUGGUCGUUGCCUGAGAUUCGAGGUUCAAGUAAUUCAGCCUUAUUUGUAGGUGGUGCAAGUGGGAAGCUCCAUUGCAAGAUUGAGAGGCUCCUAGUCUUAAAAGUUAUAUUCUAACCUAUCUUAGGGUGUAGAGGUUGGGAAGUUAGAAUGUGGGGAUGUGCUUCUGUGUAUCAUGUUCUAUAAUUUUUUGAUGUGAUGUUCCCCAUUUCUACUCUUAAUUAUCUUUUAUUUUUCCAUUUAUCCUUUGAAUCACUGCCAUUUGGAGGACAUGUGUGUUUGUCGAACUAAUGCAGAAUUUCUGUCAAUUUAAUCCUUUCCCUUUUGUUGAUUGGAAA